GGUCGGAGCGGAGCGGCGUCAGGAUGGAUGAAGACCUGCUGACCACCCUCAAGAUUCUCAUCAUCGGCGAGAGUGGGGUGGGCAAGUCCAGCCUGCUGUUGAGGUUCACAGAUGAUACUUUUGAUCCUGAACUUGCAGCAACAAUAGGUGUUGACUUUAAGCUGAAAACAAUUUCAGGGAAUGGAAAUAAAGCCAAACUUGCAAUAUGGGAUACUGCCGGUCAAGAAAGGUUCAGAACAUUAACUCCCAGCUAUUAUAGAGGUGCACAGGGUGUUAUAUUAGUGUAUGAUGUUACAAGAAGAGACACCUUUGUUAAACUGGAUAAUUGGCUAAAUGAAUUGGAAACAUACUGCACAAGAAAUGACAUAGUCAACAUGCUCGUUGGAAAUAAGAUUGAUAAGGAAAAUCGUGAAGUUGAUAGAAAUGAAGGUCUGAAAUUUGCCUGCAAGCAUUCCAUGUUGUUUAUAGAGACAAGUGCAAAAACCUGUGACGGUGUACAGUGUGCCUUUGAGGAACUGGUGGAAAAGAUCACCCAGACCCCUGGACUGUGGGAGAGUGAGAACCAGAAUAAAGGAGUGAAGCUGUCACACAGAGAAGAAGACCAGGGUGGAGGAGCGUGUGGCAGCUACUGCGCUCUGCUAUAA